GCAGUUGUCUGGCAACACUGCUAUUUGUAUAGGAAAUUUACCAACAAUUAUUUAAUCGAAUAUAUCGUAAUUUUCGCUCAGCGAAUUGGACGUACCAACCAGAAGAUCUAGACAUCAAUUAUGAGCUCCAAAAAGAUUGCUCUUCUCAGCGUGUCGGACAAGACGGGACUGCUCGAUUUGGGCAAGAGUCUGGUGGCCCUGGGCUUCGACUUGGUAGCCAGUGGCGGCACUGCUACAGUCCUGCGCGGCGCUGGCCUUAAGGUUAGGGAUGUGUCUGAAAUUACCGGAGCGCCGGAGAUGCUGGGUGGACGUGUGAAAACGCUGCAUCCGGCCGUGCACGCUGGCAUUCUGUCACGAACCACCGACAGCGAUUUGGCUGAUAUGCGCAAGCAGGGCUUCGAUCUUGUCCAGCUAGUGGUGUGCAAUCUCUAUCCUUUCGCCAGCACUGUUGCCAAAACUGAUGUGACGCUGGAGGAUGCUGUGGAGAACAUUGAUAUCGGUGGAGUGACUUUGCUCCGGGCGGCAGCUAAGAAUCACCAGCGCGUUACGGUUGUCUGCGAGGCGGUUGAUUAUGACCGAGUGCUAACCGAACUGAAAGCUUCGGGAGAUACCACUGUGGAGACCCGACAGGCUCUGGCUCUCAAGGCCUUUACCCACACGGCAAGCUAUGACGACGCCAUUUCGGACUACUUCAGGAAGCAGUAUGGAUCUGGUGUGUCCCAGCUACCGCUGCGCUAUGGCAUGAAUCCGCACCAGAAACCCGCCCAGCUGUACACGCAAUUGGCCAAGCUGCCGCUUCGGGUGCUAAACGCCUCGCCCGGAUUCAUCAACCUAUGCGACGCGCUUAACGGCUGGCAAUUGGUUCGGGAGCUGAAGCAGGCCUUGCAGCUUCCGGCGGCCACUAGCUUUAAGCAUGUGUCACCAGCAGGAGCAGCUGUGGGGGUUCCCCUUAAUCCCGCCCAAGCCAAGCUCUGCAUGGUGGACGAUCUGUACGAGCAGUUAACCCCCUUGGCAACGGCCUACGCCCGUGCCCGUGGAGCCGAUCGCAUGAGCUCCUUUGGCGACUUUGUUGCUCUCUCCGAAGUGUGUGACGCGGUCACCGCCAGGAUCAUUUCGCGAGAGGUGUCCGACGGAAUCAUUGCCGCUGGCUACGAGCCAGAGGCUCUAGAGAUCCUGAAAAAGAAGAAGAACGGAGGAUACUGCAUUCUCCAGAUGGACCCUACCUAUGAGCCGUCUGCUGUGGAGCGCAAGACCAUAUUUGGCCUGACGCUGGAGCAGAAGCGCAAUGAUGCCGUCAUUGGCCCCUCGCUCUUUUCGAAUGUUGUGAGCAAGAAGGGACCGCUGCCUGAGGCAGCUGUGCGUGAUCUGAUCGUUGCUACUAUUGCUUUGAAGUACACGCAAAGCAACUCAGUGUGCUACGCCCGCGAUGGCCAGGUGAUCGGCAUCGGUGCUGGUCAACAGUCAAGGAUUCACUGCACACGACUGGCAGGAGAGAAGGCGGACAACUGGUGGUUGCGUCAGCAUCCCAGUGUGGCCGGCAUGAAGUUUAAGGCGGGCGUCAAGCGGGCAGAGAUCUCUAAUGCGAUCGACAACUAUGUGAACGGAACCGUGGGCAAGGAUAUGCCGCUCUCGCAGUUCGAGGGAAUGUUCGAUAAGGCGCCGGCGCUGUUGACCAGCGAACAAAAGGUACAGUGGCUCAAGGAGCUCAGCGGUGUAGCCCUUGGAUCCGAUGCCUUCUUCCCAUUCCGCGACAACAUCGAUCGCGCAAGUCUGAGCGGUGUGUCUUACAUCGGCAGUCCCGCAGGCUCCACCAAUGACGCUGGUGUCAUUGCUGCCUGCGACGAGCACGGCAUCAUCAUGGCUCACACCAAUUUGCGUCUAUUCCAUCAUUAAAGAUGCCUUGACUAUCCUUUAUAGCUGGAUUUUUCAACAAAAUUAAUGCGAAAAGACAUAAUAUAUACUAUAUUUUUGAUAAACCUUUUUAGAUAUAUAUUUAAGACCAAAACAGCUCAAACCCUUUAGAUAUACAAAGUUUGUAAAACUAAAUACCCAACCCAACUGCCCUAUCUCUCCAUUCCAAGCUCAAUAAAUAAUGAAAACACUUGCCUUUAGUUAGUUAAACGAA